CGGCUGCCGGCCGGAGCGCGCGCGGGGCCGCGGCGCCGGGGAGUCGUCCGCGGCGGGAGAACGGCGGGUCCGGUCGGUGUCCUUGGCGAGCCGCCCGGGUGAACGCAGGCUGCCUGUCCCCAGACCCCAGGGCACACCCUGCACCGCCAUGUCUGGGCUGCUGAAGAGGAAGUUUGACCAGCUGGAUGAGGAUUCCUCCUCCUUCUGCUCCUCCUCCUCCUCCGGCUGCUGCUCCCCGAGCUCCUCAGACCCCCCCACCUGGUACUCGGAUGAGGAGGGCCCCUGGGACCAGACACCCCAGCCUCACCGGGACUGCGGUGGCCCCCGGAGUUUCACCCCCCUGUCCAUCCUGAAGCGGGCUCCCCGGAAGCGCCCCGGCCGUGUGACCUUUGAUGGCAUUACCGUCUUCUACUUCCCCCGGUGCCAGGGCUUCACCAGCGUGCCUGGCCGUGGCGGCUGUACCCUGGGCAUGGCCCCUCGCCAUAGCGCCUGCCGCCACUUCUCCUUGGCGGAGUUUACCCAGGAGCAGGCCCGGGCGCGGCGUGAGAAGCUGCGGCAGCGCUUGAAGGAGGAGAAGCUGGAGGUGCUGCGGUGGAAGCUUUCGGCGGCCGGCGUACCCGAGGCGGCAGAGGCGGGACCUCCGCUCACCGUGGACAGCAUCGAUGACGCCUCUGUGGAGGAGGACUUGGCAGUGGCCGUGGCUAGUGGCCGGCUGGAGGAAGUGAGCUGCCUCCAGCCUUACCCAGCCCGGCGACGGCGUGCCCUGCUACGUGCCGCGGGCGUGCGCAGGAUCGAUCGGGAGGAGAAGCGGGAGCUGCAGGCCCUGCGCCAGUCCCGAGAGGACUGUGGCUGUCGCUGUGACAGGGUUUGUGACCCUGAGACCUGCAGCUGCAGCCUGGCAGGCAUCAAGUGCCAGAUGGACCACACGGCAUUCCCCUGUGGCUGCUGCAAGGAGGGCUGUGAGAACCCCAAGGGCCGUGUGGAAUUCAACCAGGCGCGAGUUCAGACCCACUUCAUUCACACACUCACUCGUCUGCAGCUGGAGCAAGGGGCCGAGAGCCUUGGGGAGGUGGAGGCCCCCACCCAGGGCAGCCCACCCCGUCCUGACGACCAGGCCCUGGUGCCCUCUUUUCCACUUGCCAAACCCCCGGCGAGCAGCGAACUGGGAGAUAACAGUUGCAGCAGUGACAUGACCGAUUCUUCCACAGCGUCCGGCACCAGUGAGGCCCCUGACCGGCCCGCCCACCCGAGCCUGCCUGGCCCUGGCUUCCAGCCUGGCAUGGAUGACGACAGCCUGGCACGGAUCCUGAGUUUCAGUGACUCCGACCUCGGAGGGGAGGAGGAAGAGGAGGAGGAAGGUGGGGUGGGGCACCUGGACAACCUCAGCUGCUUCCACCCGGCUGACAUCUUCGGUACCGGUGACCCUGGUGGCCUGGCCAGCUGGACCCACAGCUAUGCUGGCUGUAGCCUCACGUCAGGCAUCCUGGAUGAAAACGCGAACCUGGAUGCCAGCUGCUUCCUGAACAGCGGCCUGGAGGGGCUGAGAGAAGGCAGCCUUGCUGGCACGGCAGAGCCGGCCGGCAUGGAUGCUGCCCAGAGCAGCUCGGUGGAACUCAGCUUGUCUUCUUGCGACUCCUUUGAGCUGCUCCAGGCGCUGCCAGAUUAUAGUCUGGGACCUCACUACACCUCCCACAAGGUUUCUGACAGCCUGGACAACCUCGAGGCACCCCACUUCCCCUUACCCAGCCUCUCUCCACCAGGGGACAUCAGCACCUGCUUCCUGGAGUCGCUCAUGGGUUUGUCCGAGCCUGCAGCUGAAGCCCUCACCCCCCUGGCGGACAGCCCCUUUGAGGAUGCUGCCCCGGUGCCUCUGAUGGAGCCUGUGCCCGUGUAAGGACUUCGGGGGGUGCCUUUUGCCCAGCCCCCAGAGCGCUAUCGCUACUGUUCUGUCAUGUGGGGGGACCUCCCCCACCAAGGUCUGUAGGUAACAGGCUCUGGUUGACUGGUUCAGCCCUGAGGUGCUAUGUGGGCACCCCUGGUUUUUAUGUAACACUCUGGAUUUAUUUAUUUAAUUUUUUUUAAACUUUCUUGUGCUGAAGAGGGGGUGGGGGAGGGGACUUCCCCACACUCACACAGCGCUCUUCCACCUCCGCAGUGCAGGCUGGGAAGAAGGUGGCGCUCCCUUGGAGCUUGGCAGGCAGACCCCUUUGUGGUCUGCAGACCCCUUUGUGGUCUCCGUAUGAGGUUCCUUAGCCCCGAGACCAGGCUGCAGUCCGCCCUUCUGGCGGUGGCUUCUGCCAUCCUGAACCAUAGACCCUUGGGUGGCUAAAUCCUCUGGACUGUGAAGACUAUAAUUUAUUUCCAUAAUUUAUUAGACUGAGGUGGCUUUGGGCAGGGGCAGGGGUGGAUACCAACCCCGAGUCCCGUUUGCCUUUUAGCCCUGGACCUUGCCCUGCCUGGGCUUUGCAGAUCAGGUGUGAAUUGGAGCCCCAGGAUCAUGCGUCAGCCACCUGGCUCCUGCAUGGUGGAGCAGGUGGGGGCUGGGCUGACCAAAACUCCCUUCUGCCCCACCCAGUCCUCUGCUUCCUGCCAACUGCCCCAGUCCCUACUCCUUCUAAAGGCCACACCUUUAUUCCCUGCCUGUGAUGUAGGAGGGGGGAGUGGGCGACCCAGAGAAGGCGAGGGGCUUGCCUUGGGGCACAAAGCGUGCCAUGGACCCACGAUCUCAGGGCUUCCUGGGCACCCUGCUCCAUCCUGGCCCACCUGCCUGUGCCCUGUGCCCAGGUGGUGGGUGGUGGCUCCUUAGGACUUCUGCUGAUGAAUUUUGCAUAAUUUCUAUAUUGUCUCUGAGUGUCAGACUGUAAUUUAUUCAUUUCUCUGUGUGUCUGUGCCAAGAAACCUAAGUCUCUGGGCCUGCCCCCUUGCCCAGGAGGCCUUGCCAGCCUGUGUGCUUGUGGGAACACCUUGUACCUGAGCUUGCAGGUACCAAUAAAGAGGCUCUAUUUUUAA